AUCACUAGCCAUGACCAAGCACCUCAUGUCAAGGUUUCUGUAAGUCUCACAACCUAAAUUAAGGAGAAAGCAGAAAGUGGGUCUUUAUUUGUAGGUUUUGCACAGAGGUUCUUCCAGACAUAAAAGAUGGCAUGAAAGAAUAACAAUAAUAAUUAACAAAGAACAUAAAAUGCAAAUCUAUUUCUAAACAAUAUUGGAGGUGACCUGUGAAGCCAAUAAUUUACUGGAAGACUUCUGUCUGAAUUUAUUUUUCUGACUAAAGAUCGUAUCUGUCGUUGUAUCUCUUUUCCUAGAAGACUUUAUGACCAGGAUUUUAACAGCGCAUCCAUAUCCUAUGCAACUAAGUAAUUUUUAUUAAAAUACAUUGUGUAUGUUAAAGUCUCUUUACCUCCUUUACAAUACCUGGUAAAUAACCAUAACAAAAAGUGGACAAUAAAUUUUUCAUAAAAAAAGUCUCAAAGGUUCUUGGUCCUUCCAUGAAACUGUCAGCAAAAAUGAAGAUAAAACCCCAGAGUUUCUAGGUUCUUUCCUUCAUUUAUCAUGAAAGUAAAAUAUACAGGAAGUGGAGUUAAUAAUUUUAAGAAUUGCCUGACAGGGUUAAAUUCUAAUCUUACUCCAUUAACAUGUCUUGUUUUCUCCUAGUACAUAUUGUAGAACAAUUUUCACUAUGAACAUUGUGUAAAUAAAAUUUUCUUUCUUUGAAAGGCAAGUGCAAAAUAUAAUCAGUAUUACUCUAAUUAGGAGAAAAAAAGUAAGGUAGCAUAAACCUUGGUUCUACUACAUAGAGCUGUGUGAGUUGAUAUCUGAGCUCACAAGGCUUCUUGGUGGAAUAUACGUGUUUUAGUGUAACCUAAAGGAUGUUCCCAUAUUAACCCCUUUUCCCAUAGCAACCAGACCUUUUGUCAAAGCUUGGUCAUAAAUGCCUUUUUAAGGUAAUCACUGUAUUUAAAAAUGUUCUGGUCAUGCUGUCUCCCAAAACUCCUCUUGUGAUCUGACAGUUUCGGAAAAGUUACAUGAUUCUGGACACAUGCAUAAUCAUUAUUAAGGUACUGAACCCCUGCUGCUCUGGCCCCUGGAGCUACCCUUAUCUUUGGCAGACCGCGCUGAGAGGUCCGUGGAAUGACCGCUGUGCCCCACACUGGGCAGACCCCAUUUUGUGACCCGCCUCCUCUGUCCCACCGAUGCCACCACAGCUGUGCGCCCGACCACAUCCCCAGCUUGGGGCAAAGGGUCACACGCUGCGACACCAGGCACAAGACACCGGGACGAGUGCCGUCCUCCUGCAAGAAGUCAUGUUCCAUCUCCCGGUUCUUCAGCCCUCCGGCACCCAGGUCGUCCCGGGGGCGGACGCGGUCGGUGCUGGGGAACGGGGCUGGCAGUUUCCCUUUGGGAAGCACGCUCCUGCCAGCAGCUCCGCUCAGCCGGCCCCCCGCGGCCUGGCGAACGGGAGCGGCGGCGAGGCCUCCGGCGGGCCCGCGGGGUGGGCGCCCGCCGCAGGCGGGGAGGCCGCCGCUUCUCGCCGGGGGGACGCCCCACCCUCGGCCUCGGGGUGAGCUGUCCAGCGCUAGCACACCACGCGUGGCCUUGCUCCUUCCUCCGCGCGGGUUCCACCGAUCUCCGCGGCGAGCGCCGGCGUGCCAGGGCCACCGGGCAGAGGAUGUCAUUCCCUGUGGAUAUUCUGGACAGCUGCAGUCAUGAGGACUUGGAGAAAUCAGGAGAGGACUACUUGACUGACCUUCGGUGUCUCAGUCGAAGCUGUACUGAAACCUUGUCUCUGCCAAACCAUGGCAAUGUUUCUAUUAGAUUGGAAACUGUUGGCUUCGUUCCUCUUUAUGGUGAAAAGGAGAAACACAAAGUUCUUGGCUUGUUUAUACCAAGAAACUCGCUCACAGCUGUAGCCCUGUAUCUUGCUGACCGGUGGUGGCCAAUUGAUGACAUUCUGAGAACUUCUGUAACUACUAGACAGGGGCUUCAAAAGGUGAAGUCUGUUGGAGAGAGAAUUGUUCUCUAUGUUCUGAAUCGAAUUAUUUAUCGGACAAGAGAAAUGGAAAGAAAUGAGAUCCCAUUUCUCUGUCAUGGUAGCAAUGACUAUGCUAAGAUCAUGUGGGAAAAAGGAGAGGCUAUUGGGUUCUAUUCUGUUAAACCUAAAGGAACUAACUGUAGCACUUACAGUCAUCAGAGCUAUGAAUUGUCAGUGAUAGACACAAUGUUUGUACGAAAGAAACAUCGUGAGACACACUUUGGUUUAAUCAUGUUAGAAGACUUUGUGGAUUCCUUUAAAGAAGCCACUCUUGGCCUACGAUACCCACUUUCAUCCUUCAUGCACACAGCUUGUAAGCAAUAUCUUGAGAAGUACCCAGAGGAUAAUAACCUUCUGUGGGAGGUGGAGGGAGCAGGAUCUUGGUUCCAGAGAACAUCUAUUAUGUCUGCAUUGCAAAAGGGAAAGCUCAAAAUUGCAGGGGCCCCACAGAGAAAAAAUGAGAGUUCCCAAGCGGAAGGUCAUCUUCAUCAGUCUGUAGCACUAUCUGAAGCAAGCAAACAGGAGACUGAGCUCAAAAACAAGUCGAAUGCUGACUCUCAAAAUGGUGAAGAAUCAGUAGAUGUCCAUGCAAGCGUGUCUAGAGACCCUAACAUAGCUCCUGCUUCCAUUGAGACACGAAGCAGUUAUUUAAAACGUGCCAGAACAGGAAAAACUAGCCAGGAAUCUGAACCUGGAACUUCAGCAGGAGAUAGUGAAGAAGCUCUUCAUGUGUCCGAAAGCAGGCUGGAACCUCCUGCCCAUACACCUGUAAGCACUGAAGAAUUAGUAGAAGUACCUGAGAAGAGUACUGUUGAUGAGGUUGAAAUAAGAGUUGCUGAAAAUGAGGGCCAGGCUGUAUCAGAAGCAAAUCAACACGUACCACCCUCUGAGAAACAGAGUGAGGAGGUAACUCCAUCAGAACCUCUUAAUGGUGAGGUAACAGAAGGAACUGGUAGGCCCUCGCAUACAGGUGAAGAAGAAAUAGCAAAUCAAGUUCAAAGUGGCGAAUCAGAAUUGCAGGCUGAGAAUCAAGAUCUCGUAACGCUGUUUGUUCCAAUAAUUGUUGAGCCUCAGGCAAAACCUUCAGAAAACACUGUAUCAGAGGAGGUUUUAAAUGCAAGUGCUUCCGAAAUGCCGACUGAAGAAACUACAGAGGUAGAGCAGGGCACUGUAGAACAGCAAGAAUCUGAGACGACUGCCAGUGAAAGUGCAGCUGCUUCGGCAUCGAAGGAAGAGCCGUCUGGCAACGGCCUGCCCAACUCUAUGGUAACUGAAGCAGCAGAGGAAUCUGUUUCUGAAAAUGUAUCACCCAAAACAGCUUCCUCAUUGGAAGAUCAAAAUGAGGAAGCAGGGCACAACUCGCAGGAGGCCCCUGUUGCCUUGAGUCAGAGUUCUUUGAUAGUGGUUGAACUCGAGGGUUUUUCUUUUCAGCAGCCUUCUGGACAGGAGGAACAGAAGAACCAGUUGGAAAGCAGCCACUUAGAGCCUGCUGAGCAGAUGGAUCAGCGCAUGCAGACAGUGGCGGAGCGGGCUGCUGACAGCAGCUCUGAGGAAGCAGAAAUUGAGGUACCUGUUGUAGACCGGAGAAAUUUGCGAAGAAAGGCCAAAAGCUGCAAAGGUCCACCCAAGAAGAAAGGAAAGCCAUCUUAAAAAUUAAAUAGUGAUUGUAAUUUCAUCUAUUUAUAAGAAAGUUGUUAUUUUGUGUAAAACACUAGGUUGUAACUAAACCAUAUGGGACACAGGACACACGUGUUUAAAAUUCUGUGUUGGACUUCCUCUUAGGAUUCAUCAUCUUUCUUCAAGUUUUCUUCAGUUUUUAACCACUAGACAUUGAGCUUCAUUAAAGUAUGAAAGUAAACAGCCAGUCUCCUCUUUUGUAAAGGAUGUCCUUUUAUAAAGGAUACAUGCUGAAUAAACAUAGUUGUGCUAGAAAAGGGAACAGUUUGCUUAUUUGAGGUGGGAGUUGUGGAAGAAAAAUGUAGUGUGAAAUCUUGCCCCUAUCAGGGUCCCUUAAAUUCCCACAGACUUCUACAAGGCCAAACAUCACUAGCUUUUUUAAAUAACUUUGUUUUCUACUGUGGAAAGAAGCAGAACAAGAAAAAUCCUUCCUUGCUGCUUGUUCCCUCCUUUUUUUCUCAGAUGAGAUUAAAAGAAUGUAAGAUUCUGUAAUCUAGGUCUCAACAUAUAAAGGAAGGUGUAUCUCAGUAGGUCAAAACAAUAUUAGCAGUAUCUUGUCUUUCAUGGGAAUCACUUGAAACAGCUGAGUCAGUAGAAUCAUGGUCAACAUAGUAUCUGCCAUAGUGCACUCUGAUAAUUAAGUUGUUUAUGUGAGGAAUAAGAGAUGCCUAAGUAGUAAACUGUUCGUAGCUUCCAAAGCAAGCAUGUUGAUAAGCCUAAUUUUUUUUCCACUAUGGAGUGUAGACUCCAGUAAAUAUAUGGAAUUGUUUGAACAGCCUUCCUAACUACUUGUAUGUGUUGAGUAGAUACUUGAUUACUUGUUACAUUACAGGAAAAGGUUAUGACAACUUUUGAUCUCAUUUUGGUCUGAAUGGAAGCAGUGCUUUGUGUUCUCCAAAUACCUGGCUGGUGCUGUGGGGUAACUGCUAAAAUGUUGUGUCUGCCAGGCGUGUGACUUCUGUGAGGUCUGGCAUUUCAGGUGGUUGUGACAUUCAUUAGUGUCAGUGUUACUGGGUGUUUCAGCAGAUGCUUGUUUGCCAAACCUCUAUGCCUUUAGGAAUUAACAGGUGGUUGCUUGCAAAUAUUUCUGAUUCCCACUUUCUUCUUUUAACUUGGAUGUAAUCCAUUGGAUGAUAGCUUCCAAGGUCACAGUUUUUCUUAAAAGCAGCAACCAAACUUUGCUUUAUGCAAACAGAAAUAAAAACAGGCUUUUCAUGCAUGUUUCCCUUCAGAGGUUCUCUUGGCAAACCAUAUAUUUAACUUAAAUUGUCACACAUACAGUAAGUUACUCCUUAGUUUGCAAUGUGUUCCAUUCAAUAAAUGAAGCUCUUCUCAUCAUGGGUUAAAAAUCAAGAAAUAAGAAAGAACAGUGGUUCUAAGAACAGGAAAUUACAACCCUAUUUGUCCUCCUAUACACCUUUUCUCAGAUAAGUGAACUAGUCUCCCACAAUGCCUUAGAAAGUGGCAUCUAGAAAUUGCGGUUCAGGAUUUCUGAGUACAAGGUUUCCUUGAGUAGUUGCAGUGUGCUCUAAACUCUUAUCCCUCUGAAACUAAGGUAAGAAUCUGGGUUUGGAUUUCAUGUUUAUACAGCUUAACUGUAUUUAUAAGUUAUUUUAACUGUUUAACACACAUGGAUACUUUAUCUUUCAGCUGAUGAAGUACCAUGGUUGUCCUUAAUCUGUUAGCAGUUUAUAGGGAAAAAAAGGCAGUUUUAAAGAAAUGUGAUUUACCUGAUUUUUAGAUUUAGGGUGCAUGGUGUAUUACUUAUAUUUGGCUCAUUCAUUAUGGAGUUAAAUCUGGGUUUCUUGAACUGUUGCACGUAGCUGUUAACUGCCUAUCAGUAUACUUACAGGUACUCCUUGUGAACCCCAUGACUGAUAAAUGUUCAAGGUAUUUCAUGAUUGUUUGUAAACAUAUUCAAGUGAACCUUAAGCAUUUUUAAAACUAAUCAAGCAUUUUUGAUAAAGCACAUGAGCCAAAACUUUUACGUUCUGUAUGGCUUCUCUUACUGCCAAGUUUUAUUGUAUAAAAAAAAAGUGUCUAGGAAACAUCUGUGGCAUUGAUAUUAAUUUGGGAUUUGUGAGGGCUGCUGGCUUAAAGUGUGAUUGUAUACAACAUAUUGUGACUCAUCUUCCAUUUCCAGAGCAAGCUUUACUAAAGAUUAAUCUGCAGAAUACUUCAGUUGUUACAAAUGAAUUUGAUAUCAAUUGAUAUAAUUGAUACACUUCCACAAAGUUACAGUUUCUUUUGUGUAUGGAAAGUGAGUUGCAGUUAUUUUGUUUACCUCUCGCUGGAUUUUUGAUACGUAUGUUUAUCACUUGUAUUCCCUGUGAGGUUGGAAGACUGUUUGUGAGAAAGUAAUGUCACUUAUCUGGAUUUUACUUUUCAUGGCUAAGUUGGAACCAGUUUCCAUUGGUAUCUUUUGACAUCUGCAUAUUGAAUGUAUUUUACAAGAUUACUGGAUUAAGUCAGUGUUGGUUACUGCUGAGAACCAGAUUUCUGAUCUUAUUUCAGUGAGUCAGUUUUAAAUACUGAACUUAAAUUCACAUCUUUAAGUAUACUCUUGAGUAGAUAACUCUCUAAAUCUGGGAUACCUGAGAUAGUAGCUGAUAGCCAGACUGUUACGUACAGAGUAUGGGCAUUGGAAUGCAAUUAGCAAUUCUGACAACCAGUACAGCCUUGAAAAUUGGACAUUGUUCCAGUUGUGAUUGCAGCAGCACUUUGAACGAAAGGGCACAAUUUAUUUCUGUAACAACUUCUUUGGUAUCAGUCAUCUUGCAGCAAAUACGACGUGGCAAAAUCAAAAUACUGACUUUAAAUAGUAGUUUUUAUUCUGUACUGGUUGUUCCAUGGGAACAGUAGUUUCAUAGUCUAUACCUUCUGUUACAUUAAUGCAAGGGAACAUAUUUGACAACUAUAUUGACUGAAGUGUUUUACCUUGGGAAAAGCAGUAUUUUCUAGGCUUGGAUGAUUUUUUUGGAUCUCUUAACUGUCUGUCUUACUACCAUCAAAAUCUUAAAGACUUUUUAAGAUCUUAGUGCACCAGCAACCAGUGAGUAAAACACCAACUUUAUACAGGUUUGUACCAAAUGCUAUUACAACAUGUUGUGGAACUACAUGUGUACAGUGAAAGCAAGCAGUACUAUUUUUGAGCUUUAUUUAGCAUAGGAAUAGAGUUUAAAGAACAUUAAUUUGUGACUUCAGCCUUGCACUUAAAUGGUAAAUGGUUUUGUAUUUGAAUCCAACAUUUGUUCAGAUGUCUCUGUUGUACUGCUUGUUAACAAGAUAUCUUCUCCCACAUUCUCUUUUGGUCUUGUUUCAGUUUAAUGCAGAAUUCUUAUUUGUUGUUCUCAUGUUUCAUAGCCCUUUACAUGAAAAUGUAUACAUGUCUUAAGUUAAAAGAACUCUUGAAAUAUUUGAAAUUUUUUGACCUUCACUUGUUGCUUUAUAUACCACUUCAUUUGUAGAUGUCAGUAACCAAAUCUAUCAUUUACAAUGUCAUCAACACUACUAAGUGAAACAUAGCAACAAGUAGGCCUAAGUUUCAGCUUGUCUGCUUUAAGUGACUGUUCCAAAAUAUUAUUUCCAAGGGGAUAUACUUAUAAACUUACUUCAACAAAUGUGUUAGAUGUUUUCUAAACUAGUAAUAACCUGUUUACAAAUCUUAUGAAAGAUGUGUUGCUUCUCUAUUGUACUUAAGUCUUGUUAUGGUGUUAGUUUUUACUUUUCUAGUACUGUCUUCGCUGCUUUUGAAAUGUUUUGAAGUAGUAAUUAAACUUCUAUUUUGUGAUUAUCUUUUCCUUUAGUAUUGGAGUCUUUUCUGCUACACAGGAUGCAUGUUUUUAAAUGGUUGAGUUCACUACAGCUAGCAUCAUUUUACAGUCUGCCUGCUACCAAGGAGCUUUAAAACCUUAAAUAUUAAUUGUAAUAUAAUUUCUUGAUUAAAACAAUUUCCUGUACUUAA